AGGAGGAGAAACGGGACACCAAAAAUAUAUUCUGAGGAGAGAGAAAACAGCUCCCCCUUUCCUUCUCCGGCAGGAAAAACGGGCGGAAACGCGCUCACGCCCCGAAGCCCCGGCGGGGAGGCGCGGGGCGAGGCGCCCGCGCGGCGUGAAUAUUCAUCAGGGGUGGGGCCCGAACAAUGGCCGGGCGGCGGGCAGCGCGGGCAGCGGCCCGGACUCGACGCCCGGCGCCCGGGGUGGGGCCUCGGCGCCCGCUCCGCGCUGCCCAGAUGCAGGGCCGGGAUGCGGAGGGCUGGGAUUUCCCCCGCGGAGGCGCUGGGGCCGAGGAAACGCCCCUGCUCGCGCGAACAAUGAAUGGAAGGACGCGGACCGCGAGCCCGAAGCCCGAGGCGACGGCCCCUCGCCGACCCCCGGGGAGGCGCGUCCAGCCCUGCCCGGCCGCCAGGGGCAAGCGGGGUGUGCCCGGCGGAGCGGGGGCGCCCCCUCCUCGCGCCGCCUCUCCCCACCCCCGCCCCUCCAGGUGGCGGGCCCGGGAGACCCCCGUUUCCGGUUUCCCUGCACCGUUUUCUCUUCCUCUCUCUCUUCCAGGCUGCGUCUGUGACAGGCUUGUAGGGCUUCGCGGCGCGUCGCUUGGCUGGCAGCCUUCGGAGGGUGCGCAUCGGUUUGGGGCCGCAAGCACUAACCCGUGUUUUGUACCUGGAGUUCUGGAGUUUGGAAGUCCGAGAUCAAAGCUCUCUAUCAUUCUGGUGUUGGUGAAAGUUUUCUUCCUGGCUUGCAGACCUUCUUCCUGCAUACACAAGAUUUUUCCUUGGUGCAUACUCAAGCUGUUCACUCCAGUCUCUGCCUUGGUCCUCCUCUGGUGUCCCCCUGUGUGUCCGAGUCUUCCUGUGAGGCUCCCUGUGAGGACUCCAAGCUUACUGGAAGAAGGGCCCCUGCUCCAGCAUGAGGACAUCUUAACCAGCUUCAUCUACAGCUCCGUUUCCAGUGCUGGAAAUGGAAAUCAGGACCUCACACAUGCCAGGGCAGAAAUAAGAAGCACAAGACAGUUUGCAGAAGAAGUAAGUUUACAGCCAUGGUCUCUGGGGACAUGACUGCUAUUUGGGAUUUGGUGCUUUCUGCAUCAGAGAAGUGACUGCGUUUGGCACCCAGGAAAAGAGAAUGGCAUGUUGGACCCUGAACUGACACUGACAGAGGGAUGGCUCCAGAAAAGAGCAUGCCAAAAUAGUGAUAUUACAGCAACACCGUUUUGCUGACUUGUCUGAUUCUACCCUGUGAUGGAACUCUGGAACUGCCCUUCAUUUGACAUAUCAGGUGAACUACAGAGAUCUCUUCCAGAUCUGCUAUUGAUAUAAAUAAAUAUUAAGAGAAACUCAUCACAGUGAGUGCCAAAGCAGACAUGUGCUCAGACGCUGCCCUUAGAAGGAUGAGGGAAGAGAUAAGUUCUGCCUCCACGUGGCAGGGAGGCUGCCAAAGAGAUGCACAUGCUCAUCCCUCCUGUGUCACAUUAGCAUCUUGAACAGGCCCAGGAGAUGCCGGUGAGAUGGCAAAAAGUUCUUCUGCAUGUACCCCUACCACUGUGACACCAUCCGCCAUGAGGCCUUCACCAGUUAUGAGCUCAUGCCAUGCUGUUGGACCUCCAGAAUUGAUGUGGAUCAAGAUCCAGUAUGCUGAGAACCACCUUGAACUCCAACCUUGUCGCCAACCAACAAUAUUCACUAAGAACCUACUUUGUGACAGAUUCUGGGAGGGGCUGAAGAUAGAAAAGGAAAAAUACAUGACAUGUCCUCAUCCACAAGGACUUUGGCCUGGAAAAUAAGUAGAAUCAGAGAGAAAGUUCAUCAAGUGUAUCAUUUGCAUGAUGUUUAGAGAGUUCAGCAAGUAGGUGAUUGCGGAAGCUGGCGGGGGAGAGGGACGGGCGGGAGACAUGGGGUGGUUGUGCAGGGCCUGGAUGCAGAACAGAUUUCUCUGUACUGGUUACACAGUAAUCCCCCACUUACAUUUCAAGACACUCUGCAGAUGCUUAAAGCCACAGAUAGUACCAAAUCCUGUAGAUACUUGUUUUUUCUAGAUAUAUAUAUUUAUCUCCGAUAAAGUUUAAUUUGUAAGUCAGGCAACAAU